AUGACGUCGGCUGACAUGGACAUGGUGGGGCCGGUGGUCCCGCGGACAGGUAUUGCGCCGUCGCUGCUGCCGUUCCGCGACGACCCGACCGCGUCCAACCCGUUCCUGGACGAGCGGGAUCUGGAGCAGGACGACACUGUCAUGGAGCUGGGUGAGCGAGCGGUCAAGCGGGUCUGGGGGGGCUUCAUGGACUUUGCGUUGCAGGGCAAUAUCCUGGAGAUCGCCUUUGGCCUGAUCAUCGCGGCGUCCUUCACGGCCAUUGUCAACUCGUUUGUCAGCGAUAUCCUGCUGCCGCCGCUGUCGGUCCUCUUGCCGCUUAACAAGAAUCUGGACGAGAAGUUUGCCGUGCUGCAGCCGGGGCCCAGCUACGCAGCCGAGAACGGCUACAACACAUUGCAGAUUGCCCAGGAUGACGGCGCCGUCGUCAUGGCCUAUGGUGUCUUUCUUAACCGCGCCAUCAACUUCUUGGGCGUCGGCAUCUCGCUCUACGCCCUUGCCGGCCUGUACCAGUACUUCUCCCACGAUCCCAUCAUCAAGCACACGGUCAAGUGCAAAUACUGCCGCAAGCGCAUCAGCGAAAAGGCGCUCCGCUGUGUCAACUGCACCAGCUGGCUCGACGGCCGCGAGGAGCGCCGAUCCGGCAUGUAA